UGCAUCAUCGUAUAUAUACCCGCGGUUGCUGCUCGACGUCGUCGCCGCGGUAGACAAUUGGACUUGAUCAUUCUGUCAAGCCAAGCCGGACCGCGCACGCUCUUUGCGUUUUUCUUCUUCUUCUUUUCGCCCUACGCUGUUCACAGACAGAAAGGCACGAUAUAAACAUGCGAUUCUCAACCAUUGUCGUGGCAUCAUCAGGCCUCGCCGCCGCCGCCGCCGCCGCCGCCGCCCACGCCGUGCCCAAGCAUGGCAACCUUUACAUCAGACAGAUGGGUGCCAGGCACGCAGCAGCCGCCGCCGCCCCCACGCCGCCAGCCGUCCUCAACGGCGGCGGCGCCGUGUCCGUCCCCGAGGGCUGCCCGGCCGCCGUCGCCGUCGUCACGUCGACCACCACCAUCGACAUCACCGUCUACAUGAAGCCCACGAUGGCCGCCGAGCAGGCGCCGCCGCCGCCACCACCGCUGCCCACGGAGCCCUUCCAUCCUGAUGCGCCACCUGCCCCCGUUGUCGCCCAGCCGCUCCCGACAGAGCCGUUUCACCCCGAUCAGGCUGCCCCGCCGCCGCCGCCGCCGCCAGCUCCCACCGAGGAGCCGUGCGAGGACGACGAUGUCGACGACGGCGGUAAUGGCGGUGGUCUCUCGGUCGACGUUAGCGACGGGGACCCGCUCAUCGACCUAAACAUGGGAGAUUCGCUGCAUAUCACCGCCUGAGUAGAGGGCGCGGCGGCAAUCGGCGCGUCUCAACCAACGCCACCAGAUGGCGGCAACGCACAAAAGAGAAGAAAAAGAGAAAUAAAGAAAAUGUGUACUCUUGUACAGCGGAACGUUCCGACAUAUGCGAAUGCGCUGAUUCUCAUCCGGCUCAAAAUCAUGUAUACGGGUCGUGGUACUAUGGCCUUUACUUCUCGGAAAGGACUGG